GCGACGGGUCAGAAACACGAGACAACUCGGUCGUGAGAUCCCACGUCUUCAAAAACGUCGCGGCGCGCGCUGGCGCGUCGAGGGAUGUGCCAUUCUUGCUUCUGCCACCAGCCCCCCACUUGCCUCAUGUUGAAGAGCCUCGCUGCUGCCAAGCCCGUCAUGGCGCGUGCGCUCCGCACCGCAUCGCUUUCGACAAAGGCCCCGGCUGCGAUGCGCAUCGCCUUCUUCUCGGACGCCAACUACGACACCAAGACGAUGCAAGCCAUGGCUGCCAAGGAGGACAUCCAGCACGAACUCCACUUUUUUCCGCACCGACUAAGCUUGGGCACGGCGCCGAUGGCCAAGGACUUUGACAUUGCCGUCGACUUUGUGAGCGGCACUGUGGACGCCCCCGUGCUGAAAAAGCUCAAGGAAGUCGGCGUACGGUCCGUUAUGCUUCGCUCCGUGGGAUUCGACACGGUCGAUCUUGACAGCGUCGCCUAAACAGAGCAACCAAACGAUUUUAAUAAGUACUAGUGCACGUAUUACAUGUCAACAAUGGGUUUCCUGCGCCGCA